GCCGGUGUAUAAAAUUAGUGUGCAAGAAGUGUGCUCACUCGCGAAUAUAAAUAAAUUAAACAGCCAGUUUAAUGUUUGUAGUUUCCUGAUUUCGUGCUACCCUGUUAGAAUGACCCUGCAAACGGGCUUGGCUUUCAUUUUCACCAUAUUAGCCUCUGUUAGUAUCGUCGCAGCAAUUAUUUUGUUGGGCUGGUUCCUCAUCUGGAAGGCGUUUCUAUCGAAAUUUCGUCUGGUACGCGAGUUGCUGGGUCAGGAGGAGCCAGAGGAGCAGCAACCACUUGCUUGGGAUCAUCAGAAUCAACAGCCACAACACCACGGCAGAGCCAGGAAAGCUCGCCGAGACUAGGAAGCACUUAA